AUGUCAUCGCCCAAAGUCGGGACACCGGCCGGCGGAGAGAGGCUCUCGCUCGGCCAGUCUACCCUCUCGACGGCCUCGAAACCGCUCCACUCGCUGCCCAACCUCGCCGCCGCACUCCCAUCCUCGUCGGCGGCCGACGACCCGCACUCGGCGGCCACGCUGAUCAACCAGGACACGCUACUACUCGCCACACCGCCACCCAACUACGUCGACAGCCAGGCAUGGCACCUCCUCGCCACAGAAAUGGUCUACAGCCUCGUCUACAGCUCGCGCCACGCAUCGAAAAAGCAGCGACUCGCCCGCCAGCAGCUCGCCGACGCCGGAAUCGCACCUCUCGGCGACACCACGGAUCCCUCGACCCACCACUCGGGCCAAGACGGCCAGGGCGCGGCGGCCGAGCUCGACGCCAUGGUCAGCGCCCGCCUCGAGGCCAUCGGCUUCCACGUCGGCUCCAACCUGGCCGAGCACCUCUCGCGCGAGCGCGCCCGCUUCUCCGAGACCCUCGACGUGCUCAAGUUCAUCUGCAAGGAGCUCUGGACCACCAUCUGGGGCAAACAGGUCGACAACCUCCGCACCAACCACCGCGGCGUCUACGUGCUCCAGGACAAUGCCUUCAAGCCCCUCUGCGCCAUGUCGACCUCGAGGGGCGCACAGGAAACCGCCAGGGAGGUCAAGCUCUUCCUCUCGUACCCCGUCGGCAUCGUCCGCGGCGCACUCGCACAGCUCGACGUGCCCAGCGCCGUCGUCGCAGAGACCAGCCAGGCGCCACAGUGCACCUUCCACGUCAAGACGCAAAGAGCCGCCGCGGCAACGUCGGCGGCCGGGCCAUGA